AUGAUCCUCCUCAGUACCCUUAGAACCCUUCUUCUUUGGGGACUGGUGCUUUUUAUGGAACACGUCCAAAUGGCGAGGGUAGGACAGCCCUCUUUUGAGCUCCUGGAUGAGAUCCCUACCAUGUCCCUGAUUCAGAAGCUGCUAGAAGAAUCCCCUGGUGAGCAGGAGUGGAAGCCACAGCUCCUAGGACAUCACCUGAGGUACAUGCUGGAGUUGUACCAGCAUUCAGCUGACCAGUGGGGACACCCUUGGGAGAAUCCAACAAUUGGGGCCACUAUGGUGAGGCUGGUGAGGCUCUUGGCCAGUGUAACAAGGCCACUCAGAGGCUUCUGGAACACACAGAUCCUGGACUUUCCUCUAAGACCAAACCAAGUGGCUUACAAACCGGUCAGAGCCACUGUGGUUUACUGCCAUCAACUCCACCUAGCUCACUUCCACUUUUCCUGCCAUGUGGAGCCCAGAGUCCAGAAAAACCUCACCAACCAUUUUCCCUCUUCAGGAGGGGGUUCCUCAAAAUCUUUCCUUUUUUCCAAAGUUGGGACAGAGAUGGAUAUCACACAUGUUCAGCAAAGACUCUGGAAUCACAAGGGGCACAGGGUCCUAUGAUUCCACUUUAUGUUGUUGUUAUGUGCUCAGCAAAAAGGCAGUGAGAUUCUUGAGCUCCAGUGGCAUGGCACUUCAUCUAUGGACAUUGUUUUCUUAUUACUCUAUUUCAGUGACACCAAUAAUCAUACUCAGAAGGCCAUAUUCCUGCUCAGAUGCCUGGAGGAGUUUAUGGAAAGUGAAUCAUCUUUUUCAUCACGGAAGUCCCAGCAACCAGGCGGAAUUGUGUCUGAAGUUCCUGGCCUCUCCUUGGGAUAUGAUGGGCCUGAACAGAACCAGUGUUCCCUCCACACUUUCCAAGUCAGCUUCCACCGGCUGGGCUGGGAUCAUUGGAUCAUUGCUCCCAACCUCUACACCCCAAACUAUUGUAAGGGAGCCUGUCCUCGGGUACUACACUACGGUCUCCAUUCACCCAAUCAUGCCGUAAUCCAGAACCUUGUCAACGAGCUGGUGAACCACACUGUCCCUCAGCCCUCCUGUGUCCCUUAUCAGUAUGUUCCCAUUAGCAUCCUUCUGAUAGAGCCAAAUGGGAGUAUCUUGUACAAGGAAUAUGAGGAUAUGAUUGCCCAGUCCUGCACAUGCAGGUGA